CUUUCUCUAAUUAGUAAACUCGUAAAACUUAUCGAAGGACGGUGGUGUAAGUUCCCGUCGCAAAAAUAUUUCACAAUGGAGUCCCCAAACAUCAACAGAGAUGCUGUUUUAAAAUCUUUAUCUCUCAAUGAGACAAACUCUGAAGGUCAGCCCAGAAAAAGGCGAAGACUUGAUAAUUUAACAGCUGAAGAACGAGCUCUUCGAAGGAAAUUAAAAAACCGUGUAGCAGCACAAACUGCUCGCGACCGAAAAAAGGCGAGAAUGCAAGACUUAGAAGAUGCGGUCGAACGGUUAGAACGAGAGAACAAGGCUCUUCGAGAAAACAACAAAAGCUUACAGAAAAAAACAGACUCCCUUUCGACAGAGAACUCAGAACUGAGAAUUCGCCUUGGUUUGACCCCACCAGUUUCACCAGAAUCAUCUUCAUGUUCAGUCUCAUUACCACCAAGCCCAGAACCACACAACAUAGACGAUUAUCAAAACGACUGGGUUGUGAUCAAAAAGGAAGCAGAAUCUAAAGAGUUUGCAGCGCUCACAGCUUCUCAGCAGCAGAAGAAUCUGAUUCUGUUUCUUUUAGUGAUCACGACUUGGCUAAGGAUCAAUACCAGUCUCAGUUGUUUGUUGGUCUGUUUGAAGAUGAUGAGUCCAGUGAUGAUGAAAACUCUGACCUCCUCCAGCCAAAGCAAGAAGACAAGUCUAUCCCAUCCUGUUGUCAUGGAGACACAACUACAGGAAAAACCUUCAGAAUCAAGACAGUUAGAGACCAAGAGGUCCAAGCCCUCCCACAAGGAAUUGAUGGUUUGGUGGGGCAAGCAAGUGAAUCCAUUGAAUCCAUUGACGAGAUUCUAGGUUACAAGGAUCUGUCCGCAGAACUUGAUAGUCUUGAUGUUGAACCUGGAACCCUUGGUGACAGCGGAAUUAGUGUGUGGGAGGAAUCUUUCACUGAUCUCUUCCCUUCCCUUCUUGCAGUUUAAUUAAUGAUAUUUAUUCAAAAUGUCUAAUUCAUAAGUUAGGCACCUGAAUUUGUUAGGUUGUCGUACAGUAUGAAACCAUGCUUCCUCGCCAGAGGAGUUUUCAAAAUUAUCCCUCAAAAUUGGACAAAGACAAAGCCGUAGUCUGAAAAAGCUUGUCUGAAAGAAAUUCACAAUAAUUAUUAUUGCAGAAAUUCUCUUGGUAAACGAGAAGAGUGAAGCUAUAUAUUUCUAACAGAAGGAAAUAUCUGUUAUAGUAAACAGGUUUAUUUUUCUAACAAAACUUGGCCUUGUUAUCUUGUCCCACUUGAUAGCAUACAAAAAAAGCCAACAUUAAGAAACCUAGUUGGAUUUGUUCUGCAACUAGGCAACCAUCUACCAGUUAAAUCUACUUGUGAUACAUAAGGAAACACCUUGUAUUACAUAUCUUAGAUUCUGAUUGAAUAUCUUUGGAUCAAGAUACUGGUAGAUCAGGCAGCAGUCAAGUGGGCUGCAGAUUGGAAUCGAAUAUAAAUGGAAAAAAAGAGUGCUCUUCAGAAAGAAAAGACAUUUGUAAAUACUUACAAUAGAAUAGAAUUAAAAUCAGUAAAAGUAGAAUGCUUAAUUAUUAAUAUUACAUAAUAAAUCAAGAGCUAGGAUCAGUACCAUUAAAUUAUAUUUUGAACUUGGUUGCUGGAGCUCUGUAAUCCAACAAAAUCAUAAACCAAUAUAAUCAUUAAUUGUCAAUAUAAUCAUGAUUCAUAAUCAUACAAAUUAAAUACAAAUGAUCCAUAAAUGGGGUCCAUAAAUAAUCAGUGAAAGAUUCCUCUUGGGUUAAAAAUGAGUAAAUGUUUGUGUUGUGGGAAAACGUCAAUAAAGGAUUUAAGGUUCAACUCUA